GGGUGGGGGUCACUUCGGGCAGGCAGCGCUUCCCUUCGCCGCUCCCCUGUCUCCCGCCUGGCGCCGAGGAUGCGGGCAGAGCGGGGAAGGGGGGUUACUUGGGGUGAGGAUUUAUUUUUAGGAGCGAACGCCCCUCCCCGGGCGGGAUGAGGCUGUUGGAGGCGCUGGUGGCGAGGGGGAAGCGGCGGGGCUGCUCCUCCGUGUUGCUGGAGCUGCUGGGCGGCUAAUCCUAAUCAUCAUCCUCGGUGGUCGCUGACAGCUCUGUGGGCUCCCUAUGUUGCUGCAGGUGGGGGCAAAGGGAGCACUGUGAUUGCCUGGGAUCUUGGGGCAUUUCUCUCUUCACCUUUCCGCUCCCGCUCCAGCGCUACUGUUGCUAAAGACUUUUGUAACUAUCGAGUCAAGUGCAAUUUCGAUGGAAAAUGAAGGUUGCACGUCUUCAAAAAAUCCCUGAUGGUGACAAUGAGACAAUGAUUCCUGUACUGUCUUCAAAAAAAGCAAGUGAAUUGCCAGUUGAUGAAGUAGCAAGUAUUCUGCAAGCUAAUCUUCAGAAUGGCUUAAAAAACUGUGAAGUUUGUCAUAGACGGGCAUUUCAUGGAUGGAAUGAAUUUGAUAUUAGUGAAGAUGAACCACUGUGGAAAAAAUAUAUAUCCCAGUUUAAAAACCCCCUUAUUAUGCUUCUCCUGGCAUCUGCAGUCAUCAGUGUUGUAAUGCAUCAGUUUGAUGAUGCUGUCAGUAUUACUGUGGCAAUAGUCAUUGUUGUUACAGUUGCCUUCGUUCAGGAGUACAGAUCAGAAAAAUCUCUUGAAGAGCUUAGUAAACUAGUGCCUCCAGAAUGCCAUUGUGUGCGAGAAGGUCGAGUGGAACACACACUUGCAAGAGAUUUAGUGCCAGGUGAUACAGUCUGCCUGUCAGUGGGAGACAGAGUUCCAGCUGAUCUACGAUUAUUUGAGGCUGUGGACCUUUCUAUUGAUGAAUCCAGUCUCACAGGUGAGACAGCUCCUUGCUCUAAAUCUACAGCUCCUCAGCCAGCAGCAACCAAUGGAGACCUUACUUCUAGGAGCAAUAUUGCUUUCAUGGGGACAUUGGUCAGAUGUGGAAAAGCAAAGGGAAUAGUUAUUGGAACAGGAGAAAACUCUGAAUUUGGGGAGGUUUUCAAAAUGAUGCAAGCAGAAGAGGCCCCAAAGACACCUCUGCAGAAGAGCAUGGAUCUCUUGGGAAAACAGCUUUCCUUGUAUUCCUUUGGUAUAAUAGGAGUUAUUAUGCUAGUUGGCUGGUUGCAAGGAAAGCAUAUCCUUGAUAUGUUCACAAUUGGUGUGAGUUUGGCUGUAGCUGCAAUCCCUGAAGGACUCCCAAUUGUGGUAACGGUGACACUGGCCCUUGGUGUGAUGAGAAUGGUGAAGAAACGGGCUAUUGUAAAAAAGCUGCCUAUUGUUGAAACUUUAGGUUGUUGCAAUGUCAUUUGUUCAGACAAAACUGGGACUCUGACAAAGAAUGAGAUGACUGUUACCCAUAUUUUUACUUCUGAUGGACAGCAUGCUGAGGUUACUGGAGUAGGUUAUAACAGGUUUGGAGAAGUGAUGCUUGAUGGUGAAGUUAUUCAUGGUUAUAACAACCCAUCCAUUAGCAAAAUUGUGGAGGCUGGUUGUGUGUGCAAUGAUGCCGUGAUUAGAAACAACACAUUGAUGGGGAAGCCAACAGAAGGGGCUUUAAUUGCACUUGCUAUGAAGAUGGGUUUAGAUGGAGUCCAGGAAGACUACAUAAGGAAGGCUGAAUAUCCCUUCAGCUCAGAACAAAAAUGGAUGGCUGUUAAAUGCAUUCACAGAACGCAGCAGGACAAACCUGAGGUUUGCUUUAUGAAAGGUGCUUAUGAACAAGUCAUUAGAUACUGUACAUGGUAUAACUGUAAGGGACAGAGCCUACCCCUGGUGCAGCAACAGAGAGAGCAAUACCAACAAGAGAAGAUGUCUAUGGGUUCUGCAGGGCUUAGAGUUCUGGCCUUAGCUUCUGGUCCUGAGUUAGGACAGCUGACAUUUUUGGGGCUUGUGGGAAUAAUUGAUCCCCCACGGACUGGUGUAAAAGAAGCUGUUACUACACUCAUCGCCUCAGGAGUUGCAAUAAAAAUGGUUACUGGAGAUUCACAGGAAACUGCAGUUGCCAUUGCUAGUCUACUAGGAUUGUAUUCCAAAAAUUCACAGGCAAUCUCUGGAGAAGAGAUAGAUAAUUUGGAUAUUCAGCAGCUUUCUCAAAUAACACCAAAGGUUGCAGUAUUCUACAGAGCCAGUCCCCGUCAUAAAUUGAAAAUUAUAAAGUCCCUGCAAAAUAAUGGUGCCGUAGUAGCUAUGACAGGAGAUGGAGUGAAUGAUGCUGUUGCUCUGAAGGCUGCAGAUAUUGGUGUAGCAAUGGGACAAACUGGAACAGAUGUUUGUAAAGAGGCAGCAGAUAUGAUCCUCGUGGAUGAUGAUUUUCAGACAAUAAUGUCUGCAAUUGAAGAGGGUAAAGGAAUUUAUAAUAAUAUAAAAAAUUUUGUUAGAUUUCAACUGAGCACGAGUAUAGCAGCACUGACUUUAAUCUCACUGGCUACAUUAAUGAACUUUCCUAAUCCUCUCAAUGCCAUGCAGAUCUUAUGGAUCAACAUUAUUAUGGAUGGACCUCCAGCUCAAAGCCUUGGGGUGGAGCCUGUGGAUAAAGAUAUUAUUCAAAAACCUCCAAGAAAUCUGAAGGACAGCAUUCUGACCAAAAACCUGAUUGUUAAAAUACUGGUUUCAUCAAUAAUUAUCGUCUGUGGAACACUGUUCGUCUUCUGGAGAGAGUUAAGAGACAAUGUAAUAACACCGCGAGAUACAACCAUGACUUUCACCUGUUUUGUAUUUUUUGAUAUGUUCAAUGCUUUGAGUUCUAGAUCUCAGACCAAAUCUGUGUUUGAGAUUGGACUUUGCAGUAACAAAAUGUUCUGCUAUGCUGUCCUUGGAUCUAUAAUGGGGCAGUUAUUGGUCAUUUACUUUCCUCCACUUCAGAAGGUUUUCCAAACAGAGAGCCUGAGUGUAUUGGAUUUGCUGUUUCUACUGGGACUCACUUCCUCUGUGUGCAUAGUGACUGAGCUAAUAAAGAAGUUUGAAAGAAGCAAGGAAAAGAUCCAGAAACGUGGAAGUUCUUCUUCAUCAACUUCGUCUUUUCUUGAUGUAUGAUGCAUAUUGCAUUCUUGUGUUUGCAAACUUAGCGAUUGCCGUCUAAAGAUGUUGGAGAAAGUAAAACAGUAUCUGGAGGAUAAAGAAGUCCUGAGGGCUUUUGACAAGUCCUUUUUUUUUCACUGGCUAGUGACGAACUUCAUGUUUCAAGACUGUUUAGAAUUUAACUUCCAGCUGUGGAAGUAA